GUGUGCUGGGGGGGUGGGGGGUGGGAGAGGAAAAAAAAAGAGGUGGGUUCGCCUGGAGUCCCUGCGGCCGCCACCGCCGCCGGACGGCCCCCGCUCCUUUCCCCGGCGCGAGCAGCUGCGCUGGGGCAGCGGAGACACGGAAGAGCCAACGGGUAGCCAUGGCCUUGGCGUGACAGAGCCUCCCCGGCGGCCGGGCGGGUGCGGACGGCGGGGCCGGACGACCCUCGCGGGAGCCGGGGCCCAGAAACCUGCCCAGGCAGCGGUGACUGGAAGGGAGCCCGCAGGCCUGGGCCGGCUCGGCGGCGCGAGCAGGAAGCGGGGUCCCUGGGCCCCUUUGUGUGAAGGGCGGAGGAGGAGUACCUGGCAGCCCCGGGCGGCGGGCUCCUUGGACGUCCGCCUCGCCGCGGGGUCCCCUCGCCGCGGCCCACACCCUUUCCCUCCCGGAGGCGCGCGCCUCCUCUCUACCCUCGCCGGACUUUUCCCAGGCUCGCCCUCCUCCCCCACGCCCCCUACUCGAGCUGCGGUUCCUAUAGGAAGGGCAUUACCAUCCCUUCCCCACCCACCCAGAGUCUACGCUCUUUCCCCUCCCCCUCCUGUAACUUCCUCUUCUUCCCCGGUUGGGCCCUCUGCUCCUCUACACUCUCCUCCCCAGUUCGCAGAUUUCCGCCCACCUUCCGCCUAGUCUAGCCGCGCCGCAGCUAGCGGGGUGAUCUUUUCCCCCACUCUAGUAGGAGUUGGUGAAGGUGAGACUCAUGAGGGAAUACAAGGUAGUGGUGUUAGGGAGCGGAGGGGUUGGCAAAUCUGCCCUUACUGUGCAGUUUGUCACUGGGACUUUCAUUGAGAAAUAUGACCCCACCAUUGAAGAUUUCUACCGCAAAGAGAUCGAAGUGGACUCUUCCCCCUCCGUGCUGGAAAUUCUGGACACCGCAGGAACUGAGCAGUUUGCCUCUAUGAGAGAUCUCUACAUCAAAAACGGCCAAGGUUUCAUCCUGGUUUAUAGCCUGGUUAAUCAACAGUCUUUUCAGGAUAUCAAGCCAAUGAGAGAUCAAAUUGUCAGAGUGAAGAGAUAUGAAAAAGUCCCACUAAUCCUAGUAGGAAAUAAAGUGGAUCUGGAACCAGAAAGAGAGGUUAUGUCUUCAGAAGGCAGAGCUCUGGCUCAAGAAUGGGGCUGUCCUUUUAUGGAGACAUCGGCAAAAAGUAAAUCAAUGGUGGAUGAACUUUUUGCUGAGAUCGUCAGGCAAAUGAACUAUUCAUCCCUGCCCGAGAAGCAAGAUCAGUGUUGUACAACUUGCGUUGUCCAGUAAAAAAGAUAACCUCAAUCAUGGCCAUACCGAGCAGAUAAAACUCAGAGGAAAUUUGCACAGAUGCUGCUUUGGAGAACUUUACAACCUGGGUUGCAGAACUGAGCCUUGGUAAACCUGUCUCUAUUACAGCAUGUUGCCAUACAUCUAUUUAAGUGCGUAAGGUCUUUGGCCUUCAAGAUCCAUUGACCUUUAAUAGGAAUGCUUAGCACGUUUACCAUACGUUUAAAAUCUGUUCUUUAUCAGUCAGUCCUUUUAUAGCUUUCUAAGUUCUUAUUGAUGGCUAAUAUGCAAGGGUUAAUUUUUAAUAUUUUAAUUGAUUUCUUUAAUCAGUUUCUUGACUUGUAUUUAUUAAAUACUCAAACUCAGUAUUACCUACGCAAUGCCUUUUAAAAGAAAGUUAUAAUGGAGAAAAAAAUUGAGCCUUAAACAAAUGGUUACUUCUGUAUAUUACCUCAUACCAGUGCUUCAUCCUAUUUGUAAAAUCUUUCUCCUUUAAAAUUAUUGGUUAAUACUUUGAGACUUUGUUUACGUUUGGCAGUGUUGUAAAAAGAAAUUAAAGAUCACAUUUUACCUGUAUGGAUGGAAUAUCCCUUUUCUUCAAGUGCAGUUUGUGAUGUGUGUGGAGUUGUUGUUUUUUUUGUUUGUUUUGUUUUUGUAAUUAACAUGUUCUGAAAGUUACAAUUGAUAUUUGAAAUUGACUGUAGAGCAUUUAGAUGAAGAGUUAAACAUUCAAUUCCAUUAGGUUUUCACAUGUGUUAAUCUCAUUAAUAGCAUUGAAUUGCGGCAGUAAUAUUUUCCUUUCUGUGAAGUUCUAAAUUUAGUUAUGACCUAUUUAGCAAUGCCUUUGAAAAGGGAUAUUGUAUCCAUGGUAAAUUAAUUGUAUACUUAAACAGAGAUAGCUCAUCUUUGCCUGUCAGGCUUGUAAUUGACAUCUAGUAGACUUCUGCACAUGUAAAAUUGAAUUCAAAUAAAAUCAUAUACACUUUCUAGUUCUUAA